UUCUGAUUGACAAUAUACGUCUUAAUAUAAUAGUUUUCUUUCAAUUUUGUAAUUACAACAGAGAUUGGAAAUGGCUUUGGAUAAACAAAAAAUUUUAAAUGAAUUAGAGAGUGUAAUGAACCAGCUUCAAAGUGCAAAUUGUGGUUGUUUAGGCAAUGUAUUUAAUAAUCAGCAAGUCUCGAGUAGCCAACCACAAAUGGUGGGCUUUAAUGCACCACAUGGCUAUGGACAUAACAGCCAUGGUGGCAACUGUGGUCACAGUCCAGGCGGAGCUGCUGUCCAGAGUUCGUGUGGGGAGCCCUGUUCUAAUGGUCAAGCACAUGGUAACUGCACUCAUCACCGCCCAUCUAAUUUUGGCAACGCCACACAUAACCACUUUGAUCCGGCAGUCGUCCAACCAAUUGUUAAAGAAGUUUACGACGAACUUAAAACAAUGACGCCCGAGAAUACGUUUGUUAACUCUCCUAUCGCUAAUCAAAUGGGUCUACCUAUUGCUAAAGACCCACAUAAUUUUCCUAAUCAAUACAACGCGACCAAUAUGCCUGAUAUGCAAAAAGCUAUGGAGAAUGCUAAAGCUAUGCAAGCGAUGGGAAAUAAAUUUAUGAACACAGUAAACCAUGAUCAAAAUAUGGCAAACAAUACACUUGAAAACACUCAACCAAUUUCACCAAAACUGGCUCCACCUCCGAUGUAUAAUGUUAUGCAAUGUCAAAACUGUAGAGCAACAGCAGCACCGGUUCAACAAAUAGCCAAUAAUGGUCUCACUCAAGUACCUAAUAAUGUCAUUCCAACCAACCCGCAACAAAUGCUACAAAAUCACUCUCCAUACGGUCAACAUGCGCAAGGCAUGGCAAAAUUUCAAGAACUGUUUCCUGGAGUAAUGGGUAAUGGAGAUCUAGGUUUCGACCCCAUGGCAGUAGCGAUAAAAAUGAAUCCUAACAACCAGGGUGCACAAAUACCAGUGGGACAGAGUUUAAAUAAUUUUAAUCAAGCCAACAAUGCGAUCCCUUGUGCUCAUCUUACAGCGCCUUCGCAACAGUUAAACGCAUUGCAUCCUAACAUACCUAACAUUAGUAUGCCAAUGGCAAACCCGAGUAUUGCGCCAUUGAGUGCGACUACAGCCGAUACUCCAAAAGUACAUAACAGCAACAACGGCUUGUACCCGGACGAGCAGCAAGUCUAUCAGAUUACUCCGAGGCAGCAAACCACACGGUCAAAACCAGCUCCCGACCUCACUCCCCCUAUGCACAGACCAUUCCACCCUGCCACCGAAAAGCUCAUGAAUGAAGUUCUGCCGGGGUCUGUGCCUACUCCAAAAUCUGGCAUUUGUGAACACAUUCAUUCACCUGUACCGCCAGUCUUCAAAAUACAACCACAGGGACAAAAACUGGAAUACAACACUCUUGGGCAACCGGUGGAAAUUCUACCAGCAGAGAUUUACCACAAGCCCGAAGAGAGUUUACCGCAAACAUUAUCGCCGCAGCUGAACAAUCUAUCGAGCGGUCACAUGAAUGCUUCGAUGAACAAAGAGUAUAUAGUGAACAACAUAGCAUCGAACAAAACGCCUUGCCUGUUGGCAAACGCCAUGUCCUACGGAACACAUUCCGAUGGGCAACUGAAUAUGAAUCUCCCUAAGAACGACAACAACUUUGUUGAAAGUACGGUAGGGGACACUGCAGUAAACAAUCAUAAAUCCCCGCGACCACAAGUUGAUUUACAUGCUGGGGACAAGCCAGAUAUUGCGCCUAGUGCAGGUGCUCCUGAAAAGCUAUCUCCAAAUUCUGACCGCAAACACAGGAAUGGUCUCCAGGAUAUUGUCUACACGUCGUACCCAAAGUCUACAAAGUGGUCGUUCCAUGGAAAUGCGCGAAAAACCUUUCCGCCUGGACAACGACCAGUUUAACUAUUUUUAUAUUUCUUUA